CAGAUUAAGAACACGCAAAAGGCCACCAAACGCGAAAUUGAAGCAGGAAUACAAGAUUCGGCAUCUUGGCACGCUCAGUUUAAGCAUUCGGCUUACGUGUUUGCCGGUGGUCUGGACUACGAGUUGACGGAAGGAGACUUGCUCGCUGUUUUCUCACAAUACGGAGAAAUUGUCGACUUAAACCUCAUUCGACACAAGGAUACGGGAAAAUCGAAGGGGUUUGCAUUUAUCGCGUACGAGGACCAGCGGAGCACUAUUCUCGCGGUCGACAAUCUGAACGGGGCAAAGGUAGUCGGCCGGACGAUCCGUGUUGAGCAUGUUGACAAUUACAAGAAGCGCAAGGCGGAGGUACGGUUGGCGAAGCUGAAAGCCAGAGGCUGUAGUUUGGUGCAUGCCAAGGACUAA